UUUACGUCACCCAUCAGUUUCGCCCGGGUCACGGUUCAGAAGCCGUGCGUGAGCGUGACGGGACCCGUAAAUGGUUCAGAAAACAAUGUAGGCGCUUGCGAAAAUGAUUAUUUUGCGCAAGCGCCUGCCGAGGUCACUGUUCGCUCACCCUGCGUUAUGCGUGAGGUCACGCGGUAUUUUGUUCGGUUCAUCAACGCGGAGAACGCGUGA